CACAGAUCUUCCCCCCCUCCAACCACCCAUCACCAGCAACAAGCCAUGCAAGAAUUCGAAUACAACGCCAACCCGGGCCGCGUCCUCUUCGGCCGCGGCACAAUAGCAAAGCUCCCGGCCGAGCUAUCCCGGCAGUCCCUCUCGCGGCCCCUGCUCCUCACGACCCCGGAGCAGACCAGCCAGGGCGAGGACCUCAGGACGCGCGUGCUGGACAACAAGGUCGCAGGCGUCUUCAACAAGGCGACCAUGCACACGCCGACCAGCGUGACGGACGAGGCCCUCGCGCACGCCCGCUCCACCGGCGCCGACUGCGUCGUCUCCAUCGGCGGCGGGUCGACCAUCGGCCUGGGCAAGGCCAUCAGCAUCCGCACGGGGCUCCCGCACAUCUGCAUCCCGACGACGUACGCGGGCAGCGAGAUGACGCCGAUACUGGGCGAGACGGCCGACGGCACGAAAAAGACCCGGUCGGACCCAAAGAUCCUCCCCGGGACCGUCAUCUACGACGUGGACCUGACCCUAACGCUUCCCUCGGGCAUGAGCGCCGUCAGCGGCGUCAACGCCAUCGCGCACGCCGUCGAGGCCCUGUACGCGCGCAACACCAACCCCAUCAUCAACCUGCUCGCCGCCGAGGGCACGAGGGCCCUCGCCUCGGCCCUCCCCGCCAUAGUGGCCGACCCGUCCGACGCCGAGGCCCGCUCGGGCGCCCUCUACGGCGCCUGGCUCUGCGGGACCUGCCUCGGCAGCGUGGGCAUGUCGCUGCACCACAAGCUCUGCCACACCCUCGGCGGCAGCUUCGGCCUGCCGCACGCCGAGACCCACACCGCCGUGCUGCCCCACGCGCUGGCGUACAACGCGCCGCGCGUGCCCGAGGCCAUGGCGAAGCUGGCCGAGGCGCUGCCGGGGAGCGAAGGGGACGCCAUCCGGGGGCUGAACGUGCUGCUCGAGAAGCUGCAGGUGAAGAGGGGCCUGAGGGAAUUUGGUUUCAAGGAGGAGGAUGUCGACAAGGCGGCGGACAUGGCCGUCAGCAACCCGUAUUGGAACCCGCGUGAGAUCGAGAGGGGCCCGGUGAGGGAGUUGAUCCGGAGGGUAUGGGCGGGCGAGCCCGCCAGGGCUGAUUUGUGAGCGGCUCUCGCUUAUUACUAGUAGUCGGACGAACCAGGGCAGGUCUCACAAGCGUUACCUCCAUCCGGGGAUUCCGCACUUGUGCUAGGUUUCGGCGGCUGAGGCUCACGAGGGCUUUACAGAUACACACGCCCGCUCUCUGUAUAGGCAAACAGGAUAAGCAGGGUCUUACCGGCGCUGACUGGACCCACGCUAUCGCUUUGGCGAACCUGGUGAUGGGCAUGACAACCUUGGAGGAAAGCUGGCAGACUCGAGGUGCGACUGGGAAUAGUUGCACCAAAAUGCACAGACCGCAUACAUAA